AUGACAACACAAAUAAUACUCCCAGAUAAAAAACGUGCAGAUACUGAGCGCCACAGACACGGACGCGAUUUUACCGUCACAGCCACAGAUAGAUGGAUGGGAAACUCGCUCGCGCGUGGUCUUUUAGGAGAAGGAAAAAGAUCCGGUUGGAAUUUUCGUGCUUUAACAAGAGACGCUGACGCCGAGCCGCUUGAUGAUUUGAGACGAUUUGGCGCAGAGAUCGUCGAGAUUGAUUAUGAAGACCAAGAGUCAUUGGAGGAUGCGUUACGCGGUACAGAAUUUAUGGUGUUUGUCGCGGAAAGUGAUAGGGAUCGUGUGAGACAGGCGGAAGCUUUGGCAAGAGCUGCUCGAAAAAAUGAAGUUAAAGGCGCUAUCGUUCUCUCAGUUCGGGGUGUUGACGAAAUUAACACAAAAACUCACCGCGAUUACCGAGAGAUGGAAAAAAUUUGGCAAGAACAUGUACCAUGUGUUGCGGUAUUUAGACUAUCAUUCAUUGAUCAAGGUUUCUUCAUAUGGUCACAAAAUAUCAAAGAAGAAGGAACAAUCAAUAUGACACUUCACGAACGGGACCAAUUCACACCAGUAAACCUUGAUGACAUUGUCCGCUCUAUCCGAAGUAUGGCAUUUUACGAGGGAAAAUUAGUUGAUGCACUUGACCGAAGAUAUCAUCAAAAGAUUUUCACGCUCACUGGACCAGAUACUGUUACUCCGCGCGAUAUCGUUGCUGCCAUUAAUACUGUGAUUAGAGAGACUAAGGUAGAAUAUGAACGUGUAGAUCGUUACGACCUCGCUGACUAUUUGAAAAAUUUGCAUCGUUAUGAAGAUGACGAUGAUUAUGGUCGUGAACGUGGUCUCUCGCAACGAACGGCCGCUAUUCUUGCACAACGAGGAUUUGCUCUUUUGCAUGAGGCCAUUGCAGAUUUCCUUAAAGGAAACGAACGUACUUUGGAGAAAGGUGCUAACACAUUUUUUAAUGGGAUCAGCAUUCUUGAAUCUGCUUUGAAAUUCUUGGACGACGCAAAUCCACAACACAACAGAUUCGUCACCAACAAUCGAAACAGCUUCAACUUUUUCUCUGUCAACAACACAAAUUUAUCCGACCAAUUUCUGCUAAACCAAUCCCAACAAGGUACUACACUGACCAAUAAAUAUAAUAUACGCGAUGUCAAUGCACCGUUAGAACACUUGAAAUCGUUUGGUGUAGAGAAAAUCGCGACGUUAAAUACGACAGAACGACAAGCAAUUAUUGUUGAAUUGACUCAAGUUAUUGGACCAUUUGAGAAGCUUCUUUUCCCAACUGCACUUCAUAAUCUUGAUAUUGGAGAUUAUUAUCCUCGUCCACUCGACGUAUUGGAAUACAUUAAAGAAGGAGAUGCUAGUCGAGUAACUGAUGAUGUGCAAAGACUUACUGAUCGCGUACCUGAACCAAUCGAUUCAUUUUUCAAGGAGAACAAGGAAUCAUUUGCACCGAAUCACGAUGGCUUCCGCCGUCGUCGCCCUGGACGCAGACAUCGACGUGGUCGUCGAGAUCGUGACGGACGUAGAGGCCAAAAUGACGAUAGACGUGACCGCGAUCGUGAUGAGUAUCGUCAAAUGCAUAAUUCAUAUGGUUUUGAUCAAGAUGGACCCUCUAUUAGAAAGAGAAAUUUCAUGCAUAGACGUAGUAGAUUGUAG